AUUAAGCUUGGUGCUAAACAUUAUCAGAAAGAUUGAACAAAAAAACGUGAGGGUUGAUCUAAUGAACGACGGUCCUUUUAAGUAAUCAAUAUUGUAGAUAGUAUUCAUGUAACUUGGCAGUAGGCAGUACAACGUUACUGUUUUCAUCGAUACUGGCGGCGCUGCUGCGCGUUCGACACGAAGCUGAAGCAGAAGAAGAAAGCGGCGGAAGCAGAUGUGCGGGUUUCGUUUCCGAGUGACCUACUUAAACUUCAUCUGUUAGCAUCAGUCAAUAGUCUGUAUCUCCUACAAUGGAACCGGCUGUUACGCUUACGCUUGGCAUUAUUUGAUGGCAAGUUUCACUUAGUUCACCCAAGAAACGAUUAGAAAACAAACGAGCAGUCGUGGCUUUAGGCGUAUCUAAACCGAUUAGCCAUUGUUAGCCUCUUGGAUUUAGCUAACGUUAGCUAGGCUGGCUGCGAUUAAAAUGACUUGUCAAACGUUUGCCGAAUCAACGUUUGUUGGCCAGCUGAGGAUCGAUUGCUAGCAGAUUUAACGAGUACACGUGUAGCUCCCUUGGCCCGACGUUAGCUAGGUUUGACUCCUGGAUGUUCAGUGUGCCAGGAAGUGACUCUUGAGCCCCAUGUCUGCUGAGGCCUCGGCAGGCGGUCAUGCUGCUGACUCGGCCCAGUCUGCUGUUUCCCAGCCCGCCUUCCACAACACGGACGAGUUUAGGAACCACGGUCUUCUCGGCAGCAAAUAUGUCAAAUUAAAUGUGGGCGGCUCGCUACACUAUACAACCGUUCAAACGUUAAGCAAGGAGGACAGUCUGUUGCGGAGCAUAUGCAAUGGAGGAACAGAGGUUUCCAUUGAUUCAGAAGGUUGGGUAGUUUUGGAUCGGUGUGGCCGACAUUUUGAACUUGUUUUGAACUUCCUGCGAGAUGGAUCAGUACCACUCCCAGAGGACCACAGAGAACUGGAGGAGGUUCUCAAGGAGGCGCAGUACUAUCAGGUCCAGGGCCUGGUCCAGCACUGCCUCAGUGCCAUGCAGAAACAAAAGGAUGUCUUUGAAACCGUGUGUCGCAUCCCUAUGAUCACCUCAGCCAAAGAAGAACAGAAGAUGAUAGCCAGUUGUAGAAAGCCAGUGGUAAAGUUGCAGAACAAUCGAGGAAACAACAAAUAUUCUUACACCAGCAACUCUGACGAUAACCUGCUGAAGAACAUCGAACUGUUCGACAAACUGGUGCUGCGAUUUAACGGCCGCGUCGUGUUUGUCAAAGAUGUGCUCGGGGAUGAGAUCUGCUGUUGGUCUUUCUAUGGGGAAGGUCGCAAGAUUGCUGAAGUAUGCUGCACUUCCAUCGUCUAUGCCACAGAGAAGAAGCAGACCAAAGUUGAGUUUCCCGAGGCCCGAAUCUUUGAAGAGACCCUCAAUAUCCUCAUUUACGAGAAUGGAAGAGGAUCUGGUCCAGGAGGGUUGCACCUUUUAGAUUCAAGGAGCACCGGUCCCUCCCUGGGAGCUGAGGAAGAAGGUGCUUCUGGGGGCGACAGGCGAGUAAGACGGAUCCAUGUAAGGAGGCAUAUUAUGCACGAUGAAAGAGGACCCGGUCAGCAAACUGUGUAUAAGGACUAAUAAUGUGAAAAACAAGGCUUGGGAGGGUGAAUUUGUGUGUGUUCCUUUUGUCUUGAUCGCCGGAAUGAGAGAUGUGCUUGAUCAUAGAAAUAGCUCGGUAACUAGUUAUGUCAUUAAAAUAUCUUAAUGUGUCACUGCACAGAAAUGUAGGGGUUGAUGACUGAUCUGUAACUGAAGGAGGAGUUGUUUGGACAUGCCAAAAGCUUCUGUUUGCAAGUAAACAAAUUGUGUACAUUUAUUUAUAUAGGAAAUGUGUACAUUUACCUGGGAAAUUAAACUGGCAUAGAUGUUGCUUUUUAUACGUUACCGAAUGGGCCCAAAAGGCCGUCCCCAAUCCCACCUGUUGGUGGGUGUUUGUGAUAUGCACUGGCCCCCUCCUCUGUUUGACUUAUAGGAAACAACAUCAGUCUGUCUGUUUAUUCAGGGUGUGAAACAUGGGUUGCCUGUUUGAACUGAUAUGCUGCCUGGUCGUAAUUAACAGAGGCUGUUUUAGCCUAGAUAUGUUAACACUGGAAUAAAACUGAGUAGCCAUCUAAGGAAGGUUGUCUAUGAAUGAGAUUGUUGAGCAGCUCCAUUUUCUUUAUUUAAAUUAUUACUGCCAUUGCUUUCAAGAUGUUUUUAUUCAUUAAUUUAUGAACCUAAUUUAUUGUUUGCUAUUUAACUUUGGUAUUGUAUGCAAUCUUCGUGUUAACUAGUGCUCAAGUGAGUUAAAAUGUUGGAAUGAUAUGAUGCACUCUAUAGCUCACACCAGAUUUUGAAUUUACCCCUGUAAACGACUAGAUAGUGUACUUACAUUUCAGUUUCAUGAGGAACCAUGAUCAUUUCUUUGAUACUGUGUUUUAUUCUGAGCCAUGAUCUUUCACUUUUGCUUAAUGUUUUGUACUGAACCACUGAAAUCUACUGGAGGUAUUUGGCCAUAUGGUGAUGAUAAAGGCAGUUAAUAAAUUUGCCCCUGGGAGAGCAUACACAUUUGUUUUUGGUUGUCACCAGUGUUUUGAGUAGACUUAAUAUCUGAAUAUUGUGGUGGGGAGGGGGGCAUUGAAUAUGAGCAAUAUGUGUCUCAAACCCUUAAUAAUAUCACCUUAGAAUUCCUUAAAAUAUGCACUAAUAUGACUUCCGUCCUGUUGUGGUCAUGGAAAUGUUCUGAAUAAAUUACUUGUGAAAUCAAA